AAACGAAGUGCAAUAAAAAGUGCUAAAUAGUUGAAUCGUAGUGUUGUAUGUAAGCCGGUCAUGAAUUGAAUAACUUAUUUUGUGUCCAGAUGGAGCAAUCUUGCCGAUUAUGUACGAAAAACGAACAAACACUUUCCAGUAUAGCGAGCUAUCACUUUCAUGCCGUGGAACAAGCAGCUACCGUCGGACUGGAGCAUCUGAUUGAACAGUAUUUAGCAAUUAGUGUAAAUCCAUCCACAUAUGAUCCUCUGAUUUGUGUUCACUGUUUGAAGCAGAUAGAAGAAUGGCAUGCGUUUCGCGAAAGUUGCCAACAGCACAAUCGCUUAAUUCAGGAGAAGAAAAUACAAAGACAGGACAAAGUGCUCAAAACCGAAACACCAUACGAACUAUACAUUACCGAAUAUGGAACAAAAUUCGACGAGCGAUCAAACGAUAAGACAGAAGAACAACUGGAGGAAGAUUUCGAGGAGGACGUGAUGCAAUUGCCUUCGGAAACGGAAAGUUCAAACCAUGUGCCAAAUGUAUCACGUAGUCCAGCAAAGAAAUCCAAACAAAAUGAUCCAUCGAGAGAAGUAAGCCGACGAACUCGGAAGGAUGUUCACAAAUUGCUCGUAACGAAAAGGAAACGAGGACGUCCUAAAAAGUUUAAAGAGACGCCCGAGCGGUUAAAACCCCCGAAACUGGACCAGCCGGCAAGAAAACAACGACCUAUGCCAAAAAUUUGCACAAUAUGUGGCGUUGCACGAACCGACAUGGCAGCUCAUAUGCGCUGGCACAACAAUGAGAGACCGUAUCAGUGUCCGCACUGUCCCAAGAUAUUCCUAAACAGUUCGAACUUGAAAAAUCACAUCAAUCUGCACACGCGUGAGAAAAUGUACAAAUGCGAUCUCUGCGAUAAGGAGUUUCCAAGCACCACGGGACGCAGCAAACAUCGGGAAACGCACACCACGGAACGAUCCCAUCUUUGUUCCGUUUGUGGAAAAUCGUUCAAGUAUCGAGCAUCGCUGGCACGGCACAAACUGAUCCAUUUCGAGGAACCGAAGGAAAAAUGUUCAAUGUGCGAUAUGUUGUUCUUGACAAAAACUCGACUAAGCAAACACUUUUUAGUGCACAUGAACGUAAAGCCGUUUAGUUGUGACAUCUGCGGAAAAGCAUUCAACCGGAAGGACAAUCUUAAAACACACAAGAAAACGCAUGCAACGGGGAAAAGAAUCGAGAAAAAGCAGGUAAAGGAGGAGGAUACGGUAAGAACUGAUCAAUCUUCUGAAGUGACCACAUGAAAGCCUGCGGACAAGAUAUCGAACAGAAACAAAAUCCGAAGCUGAUAGUAACCAAAACGGAUAAAUCGAAAAGAAAUUCGUAACUCAUAUAUCAAACAAUAGGAACGGUUUAAAUGAAGAAUCUGUCCGUAGAGGUGUGUAUUAAAGAAACUAAUUUAAAGCAUUGCAGUAUGUGACGGAGAUUAGUUUUACUUGUUUUUAACUUUUAAAUUAAUUUCAUUUUAUGCGGUAAAUAAAUUCUUUCAAAAGUGUUAUUACUACA